AUGCUCAUUUCCAUAACCUGCUGUAUCAAUUCAUAUAUUUCUUCUUUAGCAGAAAAGUUUGCUUGCAAUAGCUCUGCAGUAACAUAUGUUCCAUUGUAUGACACCCUUGGUCCUAAUGCUGUGGAGUUUAUCAUAAACCAUGCUGAAGUUUCAAUCGCAUUUGUUCAAGAAAAUAAGAUUGCAUCAAUUGCUGUAACAAUGUCUGUUCAUCAGUAUUCUAUUUCAGUGCUGUCAAUCGUGGUUCGCAGAAAAUACUGGUUUUUAACUGCAAUCUCAGUUUUCAGUAAGGAUUUAAAAGACUCACGAGUGCUAACUGAUGUCGGUGACGUCCCUAUUCAAGAAAUUCGAGAUUGUGGCGUAGAUGAUAAAAGAUUGAUGAGUGUCAUUGGCGAAUCUGUCAAGUUAGUGAUGGAAGAGGCUCCUCUAAGACCCUUAGUUUUAGGUGGUGAUCACUCAAUAUCAUUUCCAGUUAUUAGAGCUGUCUCGGAGAAGCUUGGAGGACCAGUUGAUGUUCUUCAUAUUGAUGCGCAUCCUGACAACUAUGAUGCAUUUGAAGGGAACAUUUAUUCGCAUGCUUCUUCCUUUGCUCGUGUCAUGGAGGGUGACUAUGUUCGGCGACUCUUGCAGGUUGGUAUUCGAUCAAUAACAGCUGAAGGACGUGCACAAGCAAAAGUAAAAUAUCAUAAAGAAACCUCAAUUGACUCCACUAUUUCAUAUCUUGGAUUCAAAAUCAAAGAUAAGGAAAUUCAAGGAAGAAAAAAAGGCCCUAGGCCAAAACUAGGGGAAGGUGUGAAAGGGGUGUAUAUCUCGAUAGACGUGGAUUGUCUUGAUCCUGCAUUUGCUCCGGGAGUGUCUCAUAUUGAACCGGGAGGUCUUUCUUUCCGCGAUGUUCUUAACAUCCUACACAAUCUUCAAGGUGAUGUUGUUGCUGGAGACGUCGUUGAACUCAACCCACAACGCGAUACUGUUGAUGGAAUGACUGCUAUGGUAGCUGCUAAGUUGGUCAGAGAAAUGGCUGCAAAGAUUGCAAAAUGA